CUUGAAAACAAGCGCGGUGUGUGAUAUGGUGACAUUGAUCAGUUUCGUGGUUCCGCUGUUGCUCCCCCACUUUGUUUUCUCGCAGUUCGCCCAUCCUUAUUAUCCAUACAAGAGAAAAUCACAAAACGAGAGAGCUUUCCACGAACUCGAGUCAUCGUGUGCCCAAAACUGUCCCGCGGCUCCUGAAUUAUUGCACAAAAAGUGCACACGUACCUGCAUGAGUGAAACCUGUUAUGAUAUUCUCUACUCUUUCGACGAAUUAGAGGAAGGCGAAAUUGACGUGAGACUGUCCUCUUUCAAAGGCUGCGUGAUCCAACAGCUGAAAGUCAAAGAUUCACGCCUACUUUGAAAACGACAACCUUGUAAUGGGUGACUACGCCAUGACUGACGCAAUCGAUGAACUCAUCCCCGCCCUCAUACAAUGUUUCGGAGUGAUCCUGCUGGGAUAUCUCGCUGGCAGAUACAAACUACUGCGUGAAGCCGAAAUCCGUGGUCUGAACUCCUAUGUUACCAAAUUUGCCCUGCCUGCCGUGUUCUUCAAGGGGAUGGUCACUGUGGACCUCACCGGUGUGUCGUGGGCGCUCGUCGGUGCCAUAUCUUUGGGCAAAGCGGCGGUCUUUUUUCUGGCAUUCGCGACCACGCUGCUACUCAACCGCACAUCCCCGUUUGGUAUGGCUGCCAUUUUGUCCAUGUUUGUCUCCCAAUCAAACGAUGUCGCCCUGGGAUACCCCGUGUUAAAAGCCCUGUAUCCGGAAUUGGCCAUCUACGUGUACUUGUUUGCCCCGGCUCAGUUGAUCAUCCUCAACCCGAUAGCCUACCUCUUUCUGGAAUGGCAUCAAUUGAAGCAGGAAUCCAUCGAUGCCGACUUGAAAAGGCUCGCUGAUGGCGCCGAUAUCACCCCGCCUGCAAGUGUGAACAAGUGCAGACGUUUACUGCAGAUCGGCGUCGGUUUGGUCCUUGGCACAUUCUUAUGCGCUCCAAUGAUAUUCAUUUUGGCUCGAAUGAUCACUAUGUACAUGGCCGAUCGUUCGAAGUACGAUCAGCUGUUGGACAGUACGGUUGUGGACAUUUCUUGGAUAAGCAUUGCUGGUUGUGUCUGGACUUUGUUCAUACUGCUCCUGAGCCGCAAAGCAUUUCGCGUGCCUCACCGCUUCACGUGUUGUUACCUGCUAUGCAUAGUGCUGUCCUGCUUUGGUGUUGUGCUUGGACACUUUCUAAAUCGGACCAUGUUUGAUGCCGACGGCCGUCUGAUUCCAAACGCUGAUUGUCUCACUGGUCGUGUUGCUGGUGAGUCUGUGUGGAACUGUGCUGUUCAUGAUUUGUUACGUCCGUCUGGGGUCCGCGGAGCGAACUACGUCCCAGGCGCGUUGUUCUCUUGUGUGUGUUUCACCAGUGACAGAGGAUGGGGAAUCCAAACAGUGGAUGGUUAGCCAGUCGUCCAACGAGAUCGGCGAGGAAGUCAAUGGUGAAUCGAGUACCUCCGAACCAGAUGAACGUCAGAACCAGAGGCUUUUACGUGGUUCAGUGGCAUUUUGCAAAUGCGGAAAUGCUGAAACCCGCCGACGAUGUCUGAGGUAUUGUCGGGCUCGCCCCUGCUUUAUUUAG